UGAAUCAAUUUCACAUCGAUUUGGUUAAAUUGAAUCUCGAAAACAUGCCGCACAUUCACUUCCACCACCACCACGGGCGGCGGAGCAUUCCGAAGGGGUAUCUAGCGGUGAUGGUGGGGCAGGGCAGCGAGCAGCAUCGAUUUGUGAUUCCGGUGAUGUACCCGAUGUUCAUGCAGCUGCUCAAGGCGUCAGAGGAGGAGUACGGUUUUGAUCAGAAAGGUCCGAUCAGCAUCCCCUGCCAUGUGGAGGAGUUCCGCCACGUCCGCUGCCUGAUCGACAAGGAGACGGCAGAGCACCACAGCCACCACCUCCACGGCCACCACCACAACCACCACCACCACCACCACCACCAGUUUUUGUGCUUCAAGGCGUGA